CUGCGCCUCCUCACAGAUUAAACAGACUGAUGAUUUAAACAGAAGAUAAAUAACAUUAAGAGUGAUUAUCAUUAAGGAUAAAUAACAUUAAGAGUGAUUAUCAUUAAGGAUAAUUAACAUUAAGAGUGAUAUCUGCCUUUAUUAAUGAAGUUUAGCGUUAAUGUUUGAAAGCUGUCACACUCGGUCUCCUCUGACUCAACUUUAUCACACUUUCCUCAGUAACUAAAGAGCCUCCAUUUUUACUUUGUCACCGAUUAUUCGACGCCUUCGAGCCCUUACCGGCCCCGGGACCGGAUUUAAGAUGCAGACCGGGCUCCUCGGCGGUGUUUGCAGCGUGAAAGGUCAUGGAGCGAGGAGAAGAACAGUCUGAGUAAACACUGGUUCAUUAAUAUUCAGGACCUCUGCUUCAUCAGAACACCCCCCCCCCCCCACGCCUCCUCAUCUGAUCUGGCCAACUAAAUGUAAAGGAUCGAUUGGUUCCAGCCACCAUGGAUCUCUUUCCCCGGCCCAGCGGAGAAAUCCAGAGAAGAAACCCCCAACAUGACUUUGAACUCAUUCAGAGAGUCGGCAGUGGAACGUACGGAGACGUCUACAAGGCGCGAAACAUUCAAACAGGAGAGCUCGCCGCCGUGAAGAUCAUCAAACUGGAACCAGGAGACGACUUCUCCAUCAUCCAGCAGGAAAUCUUUAUGGUGAAGGAGUGCAUGCACCACAACAUCGUGGCCUACUUCGGGAGUUACCUGUGUCGGGAGAAGCUGUGGAUCUGCAUGGAGUACUGUGGAGGAGGAUCUCUGCAGGACAUUUAUCACGUGACGGGGCCGCUCUCAGAGCUUCAGAUCGCCUACGUCUGCAGAGAGACCAUCCAGGGUCUGGGAUAUCUGCACGCCAAGGGCAAGAUGCACCGAGACAUCAAGGGCGCCAACAUCCUCCUGUCAGACAACGGGGACGUGAAGUUAGCUGACUUUGGAGUCGCCGCCAAAAUAACCGCCACCAUUGCCAAGAGGAAGUCUUUCAUCGGCACGCCAUACUGGAUGGCUCCUGAAGUGGCUGCAGUGGAGAAGAACGGCGGCUACAACCAGCUGUGUGAUAUCUGGGCUGUGGGCAUCACGUCCAUCGAGCUGGGCGAGCUGCAGCCUCCGAUGUUUGACCUUCACCCCAUGAGGGCUUUGUUUCUGAUGUCAAAGAGCAGCUUCCAGCCUCCAAAACUCAAAGACAAAAACAAAUGGUCCACCGCCUUCCAUAACUUUGUUAAAGUGUCUCUGACCAAAAACCCAAAGAAGAGGCCGACUGCAGAGAAGCUCCUCUCGCAUGUGUUCGUGGCUCAGACGGGUUUGACAAGAAGGCUCGCCGUUGAUCUCCUCGAUAAGAUGAACAACCCCGAUAACCACCAGCCCUACAGCGAGGUGGACGAUGACGACCUCGAGCCCCUCUCUGCGGUCAGACACACCAUCCGCUCCACCAACAAGCCGGCCCGGGCCGAGAGGACACGCUCAGAGAUCGACUUCGACAAACUCCAGUUUGAACCUCCGCUCAGGAAGGAAACUGAGGCUCACUCUGAGAUGGAUGUGAGUAAAGAUAACGACUUCCCUUCUCCCUGGAGUCCCUUUGCGGAGGGAGGAAUAACAUCCAGGAGUCUUCUGAAAAGCGUUGAGGACGAGUUGUUCCAACGGGGUCACGUAGCACAUCUGGAGGACGCCUUUGAAGAAGUGGAACUUUCAACUCUGAAGCCUGGGGUGCCUCCUCCUCUGCCCCCGAAGCCACGGUUAAACAGCUCGUCAGAGGAGCUUGGCCUUAAUGACGAGCGCUCUCUGACAGUUCGAAGGUUCCCCAACUCCGAGAACGGACCGAGUCAGGUGUCCCGCAGACAGAGCACACCUGAGCAGGGCAACAAGGUGGAGCACUCGUCUCCAGAUUUCCUCUCUGCUAGCGUCAGCAGCCCUGGCCUUCUAUCUCACGCCUCCGAUCCAGCUCUCAGUACACGUGACUGUAAAGAAAAUGAUUCAGACGGCAGCGUGGACGGAGACAAACCUCUCCCCAACAGACGGAAGGAGAAGAAGGAGUUCCCGAAACCGGCCAUCAACGGUCUGCCGCCGACCCCGAAAGUCCUGAUGGGAGCCUGUUUCUCCAAAGUGUUUGACGGCUGUCCUCUGAAGAUUAACUGUGCCACGUCAUGGAUUCAUCCUGACACCAAAGAUCAGUACCUGAUCUUUGGGACGGAGGAUGGUAUCUAUACGCUGAAUCUAAACGAACUGCAUGAAGCCACCAUGGAGCAGCUGUUCCCCAGGAAGUGCACGUGGCUGUACAUUAUCAACAACAACCUGAUGUCUCUGUCUGGAAAAACCUUCCAGCUCUAUUCCCACAAUCUGAUUGGCCUCUUUGAGCAGCUGAAGAAGCCGGGCCUCGCCGCUCAGUUCCAGACUCACCGCUUCCCAGACAAGAUCUUACCCAGGAGGUUUGCUUUGACGACCAAGAUCCCUGACACAAAGGGCUGUCACAAGUGCUGCAUCGUGAGGAACCCGUACACGGGUCAUAAGUACCUGUGUGGGGCUCUGCAGUCAGGGAUCGUCCUGUUACAGUGGUAUGAACCCAUGCAGAGGUUCAUGCUCAUCAAGCACUUUGACUUCCCCCUGCCCAGCCCUCUGAAGGUGUUUGAGAUGCUGGUGGUUCCAGAGCAGGAGUACCCUCUGGUGUGCGUGGCCAUCAGUCAGGGCACAGAGCCGGGCCAGGUGGUCCGCUUUGAGACCAUCAACCUGAACUCAUGCUCCUCCUGGUUCACUGAGAUGGGAACAAGUCAUCAGCAGGUGGAUGCGAUCCACGUCACCCAGCUGGAGAGAGACACGGUGUUGGUUUGUUUGGACCCCUUUUUUGAACGUGUCUCCUCAGAAAACCUGAAGAUUGUAAAUCUUCAAGGUCGACUGAAGUCCAACAAGAAGCUGGCGUCCGAGCUCAGUUUCGACUUCAGCAUCGGAUCAGUGGUGUGCCUUCAGGACAGCGUGCUCGCCUUCUGGAAACACGGCAUGCAGGGAAAGAGCUUCAAAUCUAAUGAGGUGACUCAGGAGAUCUGUGAUCCCAGCAGAGUGUUCCGCCUCCUCGGAUCAGACAGGGUGGUGGUUUUGGAGAGUCGACCUACAGACAACCCGACGGCCCUGAGUAACCUCUACAUCUUAGCGGGUCAUGAGAACAGUUACUGAGUGUGUUAUGGAGGUCUGAUUUUAGUUACUGAUCCCAGGGUUCAAAGGUCAAAGGGGAGCAGACCAAUGGGAGGCCUUACGACUCACUGACGAGUGAAGAAAGCAGCUCCAUUAAACGUUGUUACUUCUUCUGUGGACGAGUUUGAUUCAAAGUGCCAUAAAAACAGAGACGAGCAGCUGAUUCAUAUUUAUUAACUUCCUGUUAGGGUAUGUUUGAUGUUUCUGUUACUGCUUCUUCCUUUCCUUGCUCGCUCUGCUGCUUCCUCUCUUCAUCUCUCUUUUAGACUCUUUUACUUCCUGAUUUGCACCAUGUAAGCACUUUUGUACAUUUGUAUUUAAAAUAAAACGACAAAAUGAGGGACACAUGCUACUUCUCUGUCUUAACAUCUUUUCCCAAUUGUUUUACUGAAAGCUGUUUUUGUAAUAAAAAUGUGUUAACAAGACA